AUGUUGGUUCAUGGUUUGCGACGAGCGGCAAGAACCGCUGUGAGAUCUAACUUUGUUGCUCGCACCUUAAGACAAACACAGAGGAGAACACUGCCAGUAUGUUCGCAAUUGUGUAAGUAAUAAAAUUAUUGUGUUUACGCAUUCCUUUUGUAGAUAGGAGUGUUUCACUGAGACGCGCACGCCGGGAAGCCACGUUGAGGAUGUCUUUGAUUUUAAGUCACAUGCGAUGAAAUGUACCCUGUAUGAACCUCCAAUUUGAUUGCUUUCAAAGUCAUUUAUGUUAAAAUUCUGUUUUUGUUGUGAGUUAUUAUGGAAGAAUUCUCGUUUAUGGCAUCAUGAUCAUUUGUACUUAUAUUGAACUUUGCAUCAAGUAUUGCUGGAGCUUGGCAAGUAACUUACGUUUUUUCCUUCAUAUUUAUUCAUCCAGAUAACCGCCGCUAUGUUUCAACCGAUAAACCUGUGUCUGCCGCAGCUGCCGCUGCCUCUCCUAAAACAUCGACACCCGCAGCGUCAAAGCCUGGAGCUGUUGGAAAAAUUAUUGCUGUUAUUGGUGCCGUUGUAGAUGUUCAAUUUGAGGAGGGUCUCCCUCCCAUUUUGAACUCACUGGAGGUGGAAGGCCGUUCUCCGAGACUUAUCCUUGAAGUCGCUCAACAUUUAGGUAAUAAUGGAUAAUUUUCGUACUUUUUAAUUUGAAUUGAUAAAAUGUGACUUAAAUUUUGAUAUGAGAAGAUAUGUAAUCGCACGUACCCCUCCCCUCACCAACAUUAGAGAACUUGAGCAACCACGAUGGCAACGAGAACGGGAAAGCAAUAAGUUAAGACUGGUAAAACAACAGCUGUGCACAUGCAUCACGCUUUUUUGUACAUUUCUUUGCUGUCACUGCCUGACUUUAACAUGAAAGUGCCAAAUUUCAUGUUUUGUGGAAGAUGUGAACACAUGAGGACUUUCUUUUUCUUUUCCUGAACUUUGAUACUGUCUUUUAGAAUUCAACUUCAGAAAGGUUUGCCAACAUUUGACGAGCUGAACAAGUUGGAAUAACAUAAUAAAUUUUGAAGAAGUGCAAGUUGACUUUUUAAGUGACUUUUUCGUAGCCAUUGCCGUCAUUUUUGCUUAAGCUCCCUAUUUUCAUUCCUUCACGCACAUACUUUCUUCCACAUUUAUAUGACUAGAAUACCAUACAGUGCCAUGGUUAUAUGUAUGUCAACUUAGUUACAUCACUGGACCACUCACUUACAUGUAUAGUUUACAGUCCUGUGGUAAAGUUUGUUUGGUCCUCAUUACAAUGUAGGUGAGAACACUGUACGAACCAUUGCUAUGGAUGGUACGGAAGGUCUCGUCAGAGGACAAGUGUGUAAAGAUACUGGAGGUCCUAUUACAAUUCCAGUUGGCCCAGAGACAUUAGGAAGAAUUAUUAAUGUUAUCGGAGAGACUAUUGAUGAAAGAGGCCCCAUUGGUACAGACAAGUAAGUGAUCACUGUAGAACAAAAUCAUUUGCAUUCCUGAGGAAAACUGUCUAUCAUAACCCUGUGAUCAUGUGAGACAUCAACAACUUCAUCUUUAACCACCAUUUUGUAUCAAAAAAUGUGCAAAUGUAGCUUAUUGAUUACAUAGGAUAUCGGUAUUCUUUCUGAGGUAACUAUAGAGACUGAGGGUAUGUCCCAGAUUGAACAUAGAAGCAAACUUUACAGCAGUAAUAAUUUUUCAAGAAGGCUGUGAAAAAGUUCCAAAAUCUCCUUCAAAUCUUACAAAAAUUUUCUGCAAUUGUAAUGUAAAUGAACAAUCCUUCACUGUACUUCUUUGAUAUAUUCUGUUCUCUGGAUGAUUAAACUUUUGUAGACGAGCUGCAAUCCACGCUGAAGCACCAGAGUUUGUUGAAAUGAGCACAGAGCAGGAAAUUCUUGUUACAGGAAUUAAAGUUGUGGACCUUCUUGCUCCUUAUGCUAAGGGAGGAAAGAUUGGUAUGUUUCAGUGGCCUUUGGUGUGAAUAAUACUGUAGUCAAUAUGUCUGAGGGCAUGAAGAGUCAUCCCUUACUCUCUGUUUGAACACUCUUUGAAAUCUUUUAAUAUUUUAAUUGAAGGGCUUUCAGUCAUUGCUAACAAUGGCUUCGGGCUGCAAUGUGCCUUUACUUCAUCGACACUUGUGUGCUGAUUUAGGUUUGAUAUUGAUGUUUGAAGUAGAUGACAUUUAUAGAAGACUAAUUAUCAUGAAAAAAAAUUGCAGCAAUAUUCCAGUGAUUUUGUUACCUCUGCGUCCUGUGUCCUUGAUGCAUAAAAAUCCCCAAAGAUGCAAAAUGAAUCAUGGCAUGGGUCCCAUAGGAUGAUCAAUUGAUCCAUUGAUCUGAAGAUGUUUUUGUAGAAUACCCUGUUCAUGCAAUUUCUGUGGCUGUUAUUUCAUCUUUUUCUGUGCUUUGAAUAGAAGGGCUAUAUUUUUAUUUUAGGAAACUGUAAUAAAGAGAUUUGGAGUCUUUCUUCAGAUUAACUGCUUGGUUACAUAAGAGGCCCAAGCAUUUUCAAUUUAGGACUCAGUUGCUUUUAGAACUGGGGCUCAUUGGUUCUGUACUUGGACUCAUGUUUUUUCACAAGAUAAGUCCCAGGCCUCACUAGAACUAUUUGUAACAAAAUCACUGUAACACGCGAUCAGUGUUGGAAGUUUUGUAUGUAGACAUUGCUGCCUAACAGAGAGAACUUCAAGAAUUCUUGAAUUGUAUUGUGUUCAUCAACUGUUGAUGUGACUGUGUGUUGAUAUACAAACUGUUUUUCUUUGUUUGUCAUCAAGGUCUCUUUGGAGGUGCUGGUGUUGGUAAGACUGUUCUUAUUAUGGAACUGAUCAACAAUGUAGCUAAAGCUCAUGGUGGUUACUCAGUGUUUGCUGGUGUUGGAGAAAGAACACGUGAAGGAAAUGACUUGUACCAUGAAAUGAUUGUAUCAGGUGUCAUCAGUUUGAAGGAUAAAAGUUCCAAGGUAACAGAUUGUUUUACAGGUAGCUAUUAUGACUGCUGAAGGAGGAUCAUGAGGCUAUCCCUAUACUAAGAUCUCUCCUUACAGAUAACCCACCCAGCCCGGGAAAGGUUGGCCACACUACUGUGGUGUACAUCCCCUACUCCUUUCAAACAGUGGUGUGGGUCUUUAACUUCCCACAAGAACCAGAUAAGUGAAAGUGCUGUGAGAUGGGAACUACAGUUUUUGGUCCUUAUCCAAGAAGACUAGAAUGUGUGACCAUUACUUAAAGACCCCGAAUGUUCAUCCGGCGACCUUCCACUCAGCAGACUGGCGCGCUCCCAACUGAGCUAACCAGGUGGUAGCGUUGUAAUUAUUGUAAUACAGAUCAUAACAUCAUUUUAUUGUAAAUUAAUACUAUUUUUGAAUUGUUUGUUUGAGGUGGCCCUUGUGUAUGGUCAGAUGAAUGAGCCCCCAGGUGCUCGUGCUCGUGUUGCUCUGACUGGUCUGACUGUUGCCGAGUACUUCCGUGAUGAAGAAGGACAGGAUGUGUUGCUUUUCAUUGAUAACAUCUUCCGUUUCACACAAGCUGGUUCUGAGGUCUGUGUAUAUUCAUUGACUUGUUUCUUCAAGUCAGUCUGGGGUCAAUUUUAAUAAAACUUUUUUAAGUGUUAUUUACAAGUGUACACAAUGUAGCUAUUGUCUUCAGAUAUGUAAAUUACGCUUGUAAAAGUUUUAUUAAACUGGCCCCAGUACCCUGUGGCUUUCUUGCUACAUAGGUUUAAAUGAGCUUUAUUAAUCAUAACGGCAAACUAUGAAGAUGUUUUGAUUCUUGGUCUUUAAUAUGCUUGCAGGUGUCUGCUCUGUUGGGGCGUAUUCCUUCUGCUGUUGGUUACCAGCCAACUCUGGCCACUGAUAUGGGUACUAUGCAAGAACGAAUUACCACAACUAGGAAAGGAUCUAUUACAUCAGUACAGGUAAAUUGACAACAUUAUCAUUUGCAAACCAUGUUCAUACUUAUUAUAUUAUAGUAAUAAUACUAUGAUAAUGUACAGUGUAACAAUGAUUUGAUUUGUGACUUGGCUUGAAAGAUAGCAUGUUACAGUACAGUUAAGCUUACAUGUAGUUUAGGAUUAGGGUUAUUGUUAGGGUUAUUUUUUACUUCAUAAAUCAUGUUUGUUGAGUUAUGUUAACUUUUAAUUUAGCCAGGAUUAAUGCACAAGUUAAAAAUCAUAGUACUUGAAUCCUGUGUACAAGCAAGUUGUUCACUUCUCUGUGACAGAUUUUUAUUUUGUUUAAUUUAACAUUGUUUUGUUGGUGUGAAUGGGGCUUAAGUUUGGUAGGUAAUAAAAUGUGUCAAAAAUGUUGAGCAUUAAGAGGUGCUUUUUAAUAACAGAAUUAAUGAGCAGAAACUUCUCAGUAUUUACUGUGUUGAGGGGUGCUUCUUGAAAGAAUGUAUGAAAUCAAUUGAACUAAAUGUACAACUCAAACACAAGGACUAGUUUGGCAAUGCAUUACCUCAGCCUUUGGCCGGUAGCUAUUAUGAUAAUAAUUAUUUAAGAUGUAACAAGUAAGCAUUUUGGUUAACAUUAGUUGUUUUCCUUUACUACAUCUGUAGGCAAUCUAUGUGCCAGCUGAUGACUUGACAGACCCCGCACCUGCCACUACCUUUGCUCACUUGGAUGCCACUACUGUGCUGUCUCGUGGCAUUGCUGAGUUAGGAAUUUACCCAGCUGUAGACCCUCUAGACUCUACAUCACGUAUCAUGGACCCUAAUGUUGUUGGACAAGAGCACUAUGAAAUAGCCAGAGGUGUACAGAAGAUCUUACAGGUAACAAAAUAAAGUCAUCUAGUUUUUAAGAAAACAGGCAAACAUAGUUCUCGAUGAUGGUAAUUUCACAGGGAAGUGAUCUUAGUAAUGAUAGCAGUUACAUAAAAGAAGAUGGAGAAUUCAAACACCAGAAUGGUCAGAAAAAUUUUCCAAGCUCCAGUUGAGAAUCAAACUCACGACCCUCCGUGUUCUAGUUCGGACUCUCUAACCACUGAGCUACUGGAACUCUAGUGGCGAGCAGGGUCAGAAUUCAAAUACAUGUUCACCAGACUUAAAGUGUUGCAUCGCGGACUUGCUUGAAAUUCGGCCAUCCACCAUUGACAAACCCAAGACUGUUUAUUUAUACAUGUGUAUUAAAGAAGAUGGAGAAUUCAAACACCAGAAAGCUCAGAAGAAUUUUCCAAGCUCUAGGUGAGAAUCAAACUCAAGACCCUCUGAGUUCUAGUUUGGGCGCUCUAACCACUGAGCUACUGGAACUCUAGUGAGCAAGAUUGGAAUUUUAAGACAAGUACACCAGACUUAAAGGAUUGCAUUGGGGACUUGCUUGAAAUUUGGCUGUCCACCAGCGUAAAAGCCCAAGACUGUAUAUAAUAUGUAGAAAGCUGUAGACUGUAAACACUGGUUUAUUAUGACUAUAAUUAUUAAUCUAUAAUACUUAUAACAAUAUGCAGUAACAAAAAUUUUAUUGCAAUGUUGCAGUGUACAUUAGUAAAAUCAAGUGAAUCAAAAAAUUCUACCCAGAGAAAAAAAAUUGGUUGUGUUCUGUAAGGAAAUUAACAUGUACAUAUCAAGUUUCCAAGUGGUUUGAGUGUUGUGUGGAUGUUGUAUGGGUCAGGGGUUUGAGUUCUGUACAAGCCUGGAUUUUUCCUGUCUUUCUGUAUGCAAUUUAAGUAGUUAUCUCUUAAAUGGGUGUGUUUUUUUUACAUUUUAUUUUAUGCGGCAAGUGAUCUCAUAUUUCAAUUUCAGGAUCACAAAUCUCUACAAGACAUCAUUGCCAUCCUGGGUAUGGAUGAAUUGUCUGAAGAUGACAAACUGACAGUUGCACGUGCACGAAAGAUCCAAAGAUUCCUUUCACAGCCUUUCCAAGUUGCUGAGGUGUUUACAGGUCAUGAUGGCAAACUUGUUCCCUUGAAGGUAAUGUUUACAUUGUGUCAUGUAGUACCUGCUACAGUAUUUGUACUUUAAAAGAGUGUUAAGAAAUGUAAAUAGUUUUUAGUUUAAUUUUUAUAUAUUCAUAUAUUAGUCUGUAUUUUUCCUUUUUGUUCUUUUUAAUUUUUGAGGACUCUUUUGUAAAUCACUUAUCAGUGAAAUUGAUAUCCUCAAUAAAGACUAUUAUUAUUACUUUGUUACUCGGUUUAUGCACCACAGUUAGUAGUACCAAACAGUUGUUACAAUUGUCAUAUAUGUACAUGAGGAUUGAGAGAGCAAGCCACUGGAAUGGCGUUAGAAUCCAAGGAGUGUCGGUAAUCUCCAAGCCUACCUUGUGACUGCUCCUCUGGUACAGGUUUGUCACGUACCUCAACAUUUUACCUCAAAACUCCAUUGGAUGAUACUUGUACAGCAAGCAAGACCAUGGUUUCAUGUAAAGAUUCUUUACAUUUUUGUUAACGUUUCUUCUUGUGGUUUGCUUUUAACAGGACACCAUCUCUGGAUUCAAGAAGAUCCUCAAUGGUAAGUUUUCCUGAUAACUGGUGCAUUUUGUUUUAGGAGUUGUGUUAAGAAAUUGAGCUCAAUUCGUUCAGUAAGAGCUGUCCAACAGAUUGAGCAAAACAUUAAAAUAAUCGCUUAAAACAAAGGAAUUAAGGAAGGGAGCCAAUACAAAAAAGCACUGACAGCGAUUCUAAAAAGAUUGAAGUGGGUUGCAUUUGAGGUUUUGUGGAACUUUCCAGCCUAAUAGCCUGCGUUCCAGGUGGCCCAUGCACUCGUCUAAACCAUUAAUAUAUUCCAUUUGCAAAGUAGUGCACAAAAGCUUGUUCUAAUAUCCUGCAGAGUCGCAAGGACAUAUGUGAGUGUUUCUGAUAGGUGGGUUUCUGACAGGUUUCUUAUGCGCCUCACGAUUGGCCUAAUUCUUACGUGUGCGUGACGGUUGAGCGCAGUGACAUGUCAAAAUUCACAGAAGGGAGUUGGCAAGGAUUGUUUACAGUAAACAAUGAACAAGCAGUUCUAGCGUCAAAACAAAGUAGGAAAUCACGAUAUUCCCGGCUAAAAAAAAAAAAAACUACACACAUGUAGCUAUUCAGGUCAUGCAUUUAGGAGAAAACCAAAUAGACUAAGGUUAUUUAGCCAUAGUAAAAAAGCUUAAGGCUUCAACGGAGGUAAAAGAAACUGCAUCCGUGAUCAAAUCCUGUCAGAAAACAUUUGCCGAAGCAUAAACCACAGUAACUAAUUACUCAAUAUGGAACAGACCAGCGUCAUAACCUCUGAAUGUGAGACUCAAAGCGGAAUGGGACUUGAUCCUAGCAAGUGUGCUAUACAUGAUGAUGUACUGUGGAAAUAAUUUGUGUGAUUAUACUUCUACUAGGUGAAUAUGAUCAUCUUCCUGAAGUUGCUUUUUACAUGGUCGGAGAUAUCAGUGAGGCUGUAGCCAAAGCAGAGAGAUUAGCAGAGGAAGUGCAGUAAACACUGAACAGCUACUGUCGACGUUAACCACA